CCUUGGUGUUUAUCUGUAUAAAAGCAAAGGAUCCACAGAUAUGAUCAUGGUUCACAACUGUCUGGAUGGCAAGAGCUUUGAAGUGGAUGUGAAUGUACUGGCGGCCAUCACUGGUGACCAUAGAGAAGAUGGGUCAUUUGUCACAACUAGGACUCCAAAGGAAGCCAUACUGGUCCUGAUAGAUACAAGCUCAUCCAUGGAUGAAGAGUGCUAUGGAAAUGCAGGGAUAAAGAAAAUAAAUGCUGUGAAGGAGCUUUUUGACAACUUUGCAUCAAGAAGCAUGGCUUAUGAUUUCCAUCAUGUCAUUGGUCUCGUGAAUUUUGACUCAAUGGUGAAAACUCUACACACAUUUACUGAAAACCUGGAAAAGUUCAAGGAGUUCAUCCGUAUCCUUCAACCGAAUGGAUGCACUCUGCUGUAUGAUGCCCUACGACGGGGCUUGUCCGAGUUGGAAAAGGUCAAGACGAAGUUUCCAGAUUGUCGACUUCGCAUCAUCUGCCUUACUGAUGGAAAUGAUUCUGGAUCCUCAAUGGAGCCAGUUGCCAUUACAGCCAAGCUGUUAAAAUCUGACAUCGUUGUGGAUUCAAUCCUUCUUGGAAAUGUGGAGAACAAUAUGCUGCAUGGAAUCAGCAAUGCAACAGGCGGCUGCUGUUUCAAACCACAGACAAUCAAAGAGGGUUUGAAACUCUUCGAGAUCGAGACAGUCCUGUCUUUGGAGCAGAGGAAACCAAAGAAAAAACUUGACGCGUCGUCUGUCAGUGAGCAUACUUUAAAGAGUAUCUUUGCAACCACCGGAUAUGAUGAGUAUCCAGAUACAUCCUUGCCAACCCAGCUAAGCAACAAAGUGACCGGGACAGAGAGUGCUUUGAAAAAGAAGCUUCGGGAGGCGAAGGAUAAGCGCUUCAUGGAAAAGGACAGACGUGUCCUGGAGGAGCUGAAGAGCCUGCACUGUGACCCUCAUCCCUUCUUCAGAGUCUUCACAUCAGAGUCAGACUUCACAUUUUGGAGGAUUCUCAUGCAGGGCCCUCCUGACACGCCCUAUGAGAAAGGAGUGUUUGAGCUGUACUGCCAGUUUGGUCCUGAAUACCCAGUGAAGCCUCCACUUGUUCGAUUUGUCACACGAGUGUAUCAUUGCAACAUCAACAGCGUGGGCCGCAUCUGCCACAGCAUUUUUGACCGCAGCUACAAUGCUCACAUUACCAUCAGAGACAUCUUUGAUGCUGUGUAUGGACUGCUCAUCAUCCCUGAGCCUGAUGAUCCACUGGACAGCAUUUUGGCUGAAGAGUUCCUGACAAACCGUCAGAAGUAUCUGCUGGAAGCAAAGAAAUACACUGAGCUAAAUGCAGGAAAGUCACUGGAUGACAUGGAGAAGAAUUUGGUGGAUCAUGUGCAGCAGUUCAUACCCCAACAUCUAAUCUGUCCACUCACCAAUAAGAUGUUUAUUGAUCCCGUGAAAACGGUGUACGGCACUGUGUAUGAACGCAUAGCCAUCGAAGAACACCUCAAACUCAAACACCAGUAUGACCCGAUGGCUGGCCCAGGACACGACCUUGAUCUUUGCUACUUAAGAGCCGACUGGGACAUGAAGAAAAUGGUGACGGAUCAUCGAUCUCGUCAAAUUCAGUGAAUGUGUCAAUCAUCAUUAUCACGGUUGUUCGACCUGUGUUUAAUGUACAUGAGACCUUAUUGAUGAUAGAUUUUCCCUCAAAUUUUCAGGGACUUAAAAGGAAAAAUGUUUAGUAUGUUUGCACAAUAUAAUCUCUGUAAAGGACCUGACCAAAAGCCUGUCAGUGUUUUAUUCCUUCUAAAAAGUUUUCCAUAGUUUGAAUUUACAUAAUUGGUUAAGUGGAUGCAGUUCUAGAAACUUAUAUACCAGUCUAAUGAAUGUCAUGUAGCUUCUAAGUGUUUCUUAGUGGGUAUAAAGUGAAUCUUCAGUUGUUGCAGUUAUAGUAAUGUCCUAAGUAAGCAUUGUAUGGACAAUCAUAGUCAUGUUAGUUCCUCUGCUGUCUGAUGAUUGUUCUCCAGUUUAUUAGUUCCUCCUAUACUCUGUGACAUUGCUGAAAAUGUUACCUUUUGGAGUGGUGAAUAAAAGUUUGUUAAGUGUUUUAUUCAAUCUAAAAAGUUUUCCAUAGUUUGAAUUGACAUAAUUGGUUAAGUGGAUGCAGUUCUAGAAAAUUAUAUACCAGUCUAAUAAAUGUCAUGUAGCUUCUUAGUGGGUAUAAAGUGAAUCUUCAGUUGUUGCAGUUAUAGUAAUGUCCUAAGUAAGCAUUGUUUGGACAAUCAAAGUCAUGUUAGUUCCUCUGCUGACUGAUGAUUGUUCUCCAGUUUGGUAGUUCCUCCUAUACUCUGUGACAUUGCUGAAAAUGUUACCUUUUAGAGUGGUGAAUAAAAGUUUGUUAAGUUUGUCUUGAUGGUGAUUACACAACAAUAAACCAUA